UAACACCUUGACUCUUCUCUUUCUGUCUCUCUCUCUCUCUCCAACCAGAGCAGACAUGGAGAGACGAACAAGAAGAGUAAAGUUCACAGAGCAUCACAAGGUAACACCUGUUCGUGCUAAGCCAUCUAACGACUCUCCGAGAGUUGUACGAAUCGCCUAUACUGAUCCUUUCGCCACUGAUUCAUCUAGCGAUGAAGACGACGUUACGUCUGCUCCGAGGGUGAAGCGAUACGUGGAGGAGAUACGAUUCGGCGAAACCAAAUCGUCCUCGUCUUCGAGGAAAGCUAAAAAAGGCGGCGGCGAGAGGAGAAAUGAUGACGUGUCAGCGAAUCCCGCCGUAAAGUACAGAGGCGUGAGGCGGAGACCGUGGGGGAAAUUCGCGGCGGAGAUCAGAGAUCCGUCGACUCGAUCUCGCGUCUGGCUUGGGACCUUCGUCACGGCGGAGGAAGCUGCUAUGGUUUACGACCGAGCCGCGAUUCGUUUCAGAGGUCAUAACGCACAGACGAAUAUUCUCGCUCCUCCUCCUCCUCCUCCGCCGGCGGUUAUCGAUCUUGAAACGGUCUCCCGAUGCGAUUCGGCGAGCCAGAGCCUCCGUUCUCCGACGUCUGUUCUCCGGUUCAACGCCAACGAGGAAACGGUUGAGAUCGAGCCGAUCGAGCUAUCCUCCCCGGCGAGUUUGUUCCCGGAUCCGUAUUCGUUGCCGGACCUGUGCCUCGCCGGCGAGUGCUUCUGGGAUUCGGAGACUCCUCCCGAGCCUUUGUUUUUGGAUGAAAUCGAAAUUGAGAAACCGUUGCUGAACCCGGUUAUACCGAAAGAAGAGAACGAACCGGAAGAUUUCUCGUUCGAUUUGAGUGAAGAUUUCGAUGCGUCUCCGUGGGAUGUAGACAAUUUCUUCGAGAAUGGUUAAAAUGAAAAAAUGAUGAGUUGAAUAUAAAAAACGAUGAUGACGCGGAUGCAUCUGGACCGUAUGCUGAGUUUUGCCAUUCAUGACGUGGAUGGUUCUGAUCGGCUGGAUUUUGUGGGUAAAUAUGAGUAGUAGGAGUAUAUUAGUUAAGAUAAAAAUGUCGAUGUUUAUAAAGGUUUAUUAGCUAAUUUAGUUAUUUUAUUCCUUUUUUUAGAGUGUACCAACUUGAGGAAGCAGUAUGUAUCAAAUGUUUAUAGUGUCCAUUAUUAAUAAUAUUUUUUAUUAGCUGUC